AUGCCCGAGGCAAGAAGCAACUUUUAUGGCACUUAUCCCUUGAAACAGACCGACUUCCGGUCCCCAGAUGAGCUUGACGGUAACUUGAGGAGUAUCCUGAGGAAGCAACGAGAUUCACAGACCAGCGUCCGAGGCUACUAUGAUAUAUAUCCUGAGGUUGGGAUGAGUUUACCAAGGAAGGUAUGGCUUAAAAUUCAUUUUUUGGCAAGAACUUUCUUUACGAAAUGAAAAAUGGCAAGAACUUUCUUUACAGAUUAAAAAAUGGCAAGAACUUUCUUUACAAAAUAAAAAAUGGCAAUAAUUUUGUUUACAAGACGAAAAAAGGCAAAAACUUUUUUUUACAGCACAUGAUUUUAAACUUUUUUUUAAAUUUUUUUUAGCCUUUACCGCCCAGAGAAAACAAACUUUUAAUUUUUUUCAACCGAGUUGUCAGACCAUGCGCCGCAGAGUAUCUGGCCGUAUUUUUAUCAGUCUACAUCUUCAAACACAUUGAAACACAACUGGUCGAUCGACAAGUUCAGUUCUUCUUCAGAAUUGUGAUCCUAUCUAUAAUUGAUGCAGCUUUAAUUGGAAUCUAUCUGAGCUCUUUCGAAACGUAAGCACCCUACCCUACCCUACCCUACCCUACCCUACCCUACCCUACCCUACCCUACCCUACCCUACCCUACCCUACCCUACUCUACCCUACCAUACCAUACCCUACCCUACCCUACCCUACCCUACCCUACCCUACCCUACCCUACCCUACCCUACCUUACCAUACCCUACCCUACCUUACCCUACCCUACCCUACCCUACUCUACCCUACCUUACCCUACCUUACCCUACGCUACCCUAUUCUUCUCUACCUCUGCUUUACCUUACUCUAACGUUUUCUGUUCUGCGGUGCUCGGCAGAGCCCUGGCGUUUCCUAUCGUCAUCUACCGUAUUCUGCUGUAUCCUAACAUACGUUAUACUCUUAUGUGUCCUACCCUAUUCUGUCUUACCUUGCAAUAAUUUGUUGUAUAUUACAUACUGUAUUUCAACUACCCUAGCUCUAGCUUUGUUCUACCUCGACCUUUGUUCUGCCAUAGCCUUCACUGUCCUUAGAAUUAAACUCUUGCUUAUCUUAUCUUACGGUAAGGUAUUUAAUUUACCGUGUUAUAGAGUAUGCUGCAGUAACACUACUAAAGACUUAUAGUAGUUCUACCUAACGUUUUUCUUUUGUACAUUUUUUAGUAACUUUUGAAUUUACGUAUUUUACCAACCCUACAAAUAUCUAACACAUCCUGCUGUUUUCUAAGAUUUCCUACUCUACGUUACCAGUGUUUUGCCCGGAUUUUAAAGCUUUUUAGAGUUCAGCUGAACCCAGCAAUAACGUUGGCUCAGUUAUUUUCGUUAAAUACACCAUGGUAUUUGUGUAUCUUACUGUUUGGAAUGCAGUUUCUGGGAGGAUUAAGCGGCAUUGGCCUGUUUUAUGUGAGUUUUUUUGAACAGCAGAAACUUUCUUUACAAAAAAAAUUUUUUAAAAUUUUUUUUAAAUUUAAUUUUUUCUAAAUUUUUUGAAAUUUUAAAAUUUUCAGCUCUCCCACAGUGGCAUGUUCCCAGCCCUGCCCAAGCUAGUCAUCGAUAUGGACGGUGAUUUUAAUGGCAGUGCCAACGAAUUGAUCGUAUGUCAGAUUGCUGGUACGAUCAGUGUUGUCAUCAGCUACAUGAUGGCUACACGACCGGUCGGAAGUCAGCGAAUAUAUGUCUCCAGACUUUAUACUGGUGCUGUUGGGCCGGUUACGGCGGUGGGACUGAGCUCGUUUUUGAGGUAGGUAAAAUGGAAGAAACUUUGUUUACAGAGCGUGAAAUGGCAAGAACUUUCUUUACUAAACAAAUAAUUGCAAAAACUUUCUUUACAGACCAAAAAAUAGCAAGAACUUUCUUUACAAAACAAUAACUGACAACCACUUUCUUUCCAAAGAUCAACAUGGCAAGAACUUUUUUUACAGAGUAAAAAGUUACUAUAUUUCAGCCUACUACACUCAAACAUAUCAUGGAACCCAGUAAACGCAUUUUCCCUGACACUUUUUCAUUUCCUGAGGGGAAACAACAACUCAGUUUGGCAUAAUCACUAUGUGUACUGGCUUGGACCGGUUCUUGGGUCGUUGGCUGCUUGCUUUUUGUAUAGGUAAACUACAAGUCGUACUGUAAAAUAUUGCGUUCAUAAAAAGACAUUUAUACUAUCAAAUAUGGUUUUUAGUAAUAAGGUGACAUCUUAUACGAUGAAACAUGUUUUUUACAAAAAAAAUUUUGAAAUAAAAAAAAUCAAUUUCAGGUUCAUACUAGCACCACGAGACUCUCGAGAACGAAUUCGACCUUAUCCAAUUGAAAGGGCUGAAAUCUUUUAA